AGAACCUGGUGGUCAGUCUAAGAUCUAGGUCGGUCCUCGGAGGACACACUGAUCGGUAGCCGCGCGCGAUCGUGCUCUUCUAGUUCUUUCUGGGUGAUAGACUCAUUUUUACUCCAGUAUCCCUUGGUUAUUUUUCUGUUUGUUAUUGCGAACCUGGUUGGCGAAUACCGGCUCCAAACUGGCUUCCAAGAAUCUACGGCGAGCGAGCAGCAUCGCGGUUUACGACGAGGAUGAAGAACAGAGGCUUAUCAUCAUGCGCAAGGCAUUCCAGAUGUUCGAUACAACCAAGUGCGGUUUUAUCGACACAGUCAAAAUCUCCACCAUUCUCAACACAUUAGGCCAACAGUUCGACGAGGGAGAGCUGCAGGCUCUAAUCGACGAGGAAGACCCAGAGGAAACCGGACGGGUGAACUUCGACCAAUUUGCAACCAUUGCUUCAAACUUCCUGAUAGAGGAUGAGGAUGCCGAAGCCAUGCAGCAGGAGCUCAAAGAAGCUUUCCGAUUGUACGAUCGAGAGGGUAACGGUUAUAUCACCACAAGCACGCUGAAAGAAAUCCUGGCUGCUCUAGAUGAUAAGCUAACGAAUGACGACUUGGAUGGCAUGAUCAACGAAAUUGAUGCUGACGGUUCAGGAACUGUUGAUUUUGAUGAGUUCAUGGAAAUGAUGACCGGCGAGUAAGCGCAGUGCUUCCAGAGUUGUUCGACAAUUAACACACGAAACACAUCUUCGCUACUAGCAGCGAGAAAAAAAACGACAUUGUAGCAGCUGUAGGAAACUUCAGAAUAGAAAAAAAAUCAACCGUGUUCUCUGUUUGACUGAUAUUACAACAUCAGAUGCACUCCAGCUGGCGUCACUCACGUAUCACGGACUAGGAAUUCAAUCAGUUCUUUCAAUCAUCAUCCGGCAGGAGAAUUCCAAAACCCCACAACGUAUAGCACGCUACUAGUGAAUGAAACCUCUUCAUUCUAUGAAAUCACGUACUACUGGUCGCUUUUCAUUUUCCUUUAUAACAAAAAAUCUUCACGUCAGAGCAUUCUAAUAACAACUCUUUACUAGUAGUGGAAAAUAUUUUCCACUUUCUUCAGCUCAUUUUUUUUUUCAAUGCAAUUUGACCUACUUCGAAUUCAAAUUGGCUUACAAUUGAAUUAAGCCUUUUUUUGCUCGUCUUGAUUUUCGCUCAACAGCUGUCGUUAGUUUAUGGUGUAGAGCCCUUAUCCCGCAUUAACACUUGCGCUUCUGGAGAUAUUUUACCCUAGUUUAGUAGUUGCAUCGACAAUGGCAAUAAUAGACGUACAUAGUGAAUCACACACAAUCACUGUUCAAUGUAGAUAUUAAUGAGAAACUGUAUGACGUAAUUAAACUGCAGGAAAUAAAGUUCCCUUAUUUAUUAA